AAGGAAAAUGGGUGGACGGAAAGUCCCCGUGUGGAAAUCCCCUUGACUUGGGAUUUUUCCUUUUUUUAAAAACUAUCUGUAGCGGACGUGUGUACUCUUUUGAAAGGCUUCGCAGGCUGCGAGGGCUCCAAAAUAGAUCUGAUACUGAAGGAAAGAGAAGGUUGAAUGGCGCCGAGGACCGCUGCGGUGAGGCUGAGUGAAGUGGCUGAGAGAGGACUAGCCUGAGCAUCCGGGAGGGCUUUGUUAUUACCCCGACAUAUUACACAGUUUCCACGUUGUUCGGACAGCGGUGGUUGGUGCCUCCUCCUCCUCCUCCUCCUCCUUUCCUUCUCCUUGUUCCUCUUCCUCCCCUCCUUCCAUCCACCUGGCCACACAUCCGCCAUGUCGCAGGGUCAGAACUUCCUCCCCAAAUUCCUGUUUGUCUCCAACCUGCUGAAGGCGGUGAAGAUCCGUCAGCGAGUGCCCAACGACGUGGUGAAGCCGGCUGCCAGCGGCGGCCUGAUGCACCACCUGCGCGGCAUGCACCGUUACACGCUGGAGAUGAUCGCCAUGAACCACUUCCCGCAGGCCUUCAGGGAGGUGGUGCAGGCUGCCAUCCUGGACCGCGCCAUGCAGGCCUCAUUGGAGCAGGAGAAGAAGCUGAACUGGUGUCGGGAGGUGAAGAAGAUGGUGCCCUUACGUACCAAUGGAGAUGGGAACUGUUUGCUCCACGCGGCCUCUCAGUACAUGCUGGGCGUUCAGGACACAGACCUGGUGCUUCGGAAAGCCCUCCAUGGUGUUUUGAAAGAGACGGACACUGGCGUCUUUCGAGCUCGCUUCCAGGCAGAGCUGCUCCAGUCCCAGGAGUUCACCCAGACCGGACUGCGAUACACCACCAUGAACUGGGAGGAGGAGUGGGAAAAGAUUGUGAAGAUGGCGUCUCCGGUCUCCAGUAGCAACGGGCUCCAGUUUGACUCUCUGGAGGACAUUCACAUCUUCGUCCUCUCCAACAUUCUCCGCAGACCCAUCAUUGUCAUCGCAGACCAGGUGGUCAGGAGUAUGAAAUCUGGCUCCUCUAUCUCUCCUCUGAAUGUGGGUGGGAUUUAUCUACCGCUACACUGGCCGCCCACUGAGUGCUACAAGUACCCGAUAGUGCUCGGCUAUGACUCCCAGCACUUUGCACCCCUCAUCACCAUCAAAGACAGUGGUCCAGAGAUCCGAGCCGUGCCGCUGAUCAACCCAGGACGAGGGGGCUUUGAGGAGCUGAAGGUUCACUUCCUGAUGGAGAAAGAACAGCAGCAGAAAGAGAGGCUUCUCAAAGACUACCUGCUACUGAUAGAGAUUCCUGUCAUAGGCCUGGGCUACGACGCCACACGGAUCAUCAAUGCUGCACGGCUGGAUGAGGGCAACCUCCCUGAAGACAUGAACCUGAUGGAGGACUACCUGCAACUUGUCAACCAUGAGUACCAGCGCUGGCAGGAGGACAAGGAGCAGGCAUGGGCCGCCCAGCCUCAGCGCCCACCGCCCUUCUCCGUCUCCCAGCUCUCUCUCAUCGAGAUCCGCUGUGCCACACCACGAUGCACCUUUUAUGUCUCCGUAGACACGCAGCCUCAUUGCCAUGAAUGCUUUGAGAAGCGACAGGCCACUACAGGUGGAGGAGCGAGGAUAGAAGGGGUGGUGCAGACCAAGGGAGGAGGGGUACAAGGUGGGGUAGGUGUGAUAGGGGGAUCAGAGACUGAGGUGAGCUCCAGGGGAGCCCGAAGCAGCAGCCCCCCAUCCUCCUCAUCUGGGAGAGGUGUGGUGUUAUCCAGCCCCCGUUCAGCGCCACCCACCGCUCCUAGCCUCAGCCUGUACAGUGAGACUCAUGCCAUGAAGUGCAAGACACCAGGCUGCCUCUUCACCCUUAGCGUGGAGCAUGAUGGACUUUGCGAGCGCUGCUUCAACUCCAGGCAGAACCACGGACCCCCUGGAGCUGGAACAGCUGCUACAGGACUCCCAGGUCCCAAUGGGGGGCCUAUAGUCCCCCACCCGGCCCAGGGCUCCGGCUGGACCCAGUGGGGGGGCUGCGAGACAGAGACAGAGCGCUGCAGCAUGUGCAGACAGGAGGCGUUCAGGAUAUUCAAUGGCCUGUGUCCUCCCUGCAUGCAGAGACAGCAGGCUCCAGAGAGGGGAGAGCCACAGCAGAACAACCCCAGGACUGAGGCAUCGUCUUCGGCUUGGAGUCAGGCCAGGGACGCUGAGCGGCCGUGCCUCACCCUAACUCCAGGGCACACCUCAGCCUGGCAAGCCCCUCUGGCCCGCCCUUGUAAAAGAUCUGGCUGCCAGUUCUUUGGGACGCCAGAGAAGUUGGGUUUCUGCACUAUUUGCUACGUAGACUAUCAAACCAACCACCACCUGACCCCUCCCCCUGCACCGGUCCAGAGCCGGCACGGUUUGGAGGCAGGCUUCCAGAACGCCUCGCGGUGUCGUGGGCCUGGGUGUGGUGCGGUUGGCAAGGCAAUGCUGGAGGGCUACUGUGACAAGUGCUACGUCAAAGAGCAAAGUGCACGGCUCAACCAAGUGGCACAUCGCACACCACACUCCCCUCCUCUGGUCAUGCGUGACCGAGCAGUCAAACCCAGAUCUUCGCAGCAAUCCCAGACCCAGACCCAGACCCAGUGCCGGCGGAGUGGCUGCAGUAAUGUGUCCCCAGGUUGCACAGACCUCUGCCCAGAGUGCCACACGCGCGGCCAGGGCAGAGAGGCGGGCAGGCGGGCGCAGGCGCCCAAGGAAAAGUCCAAGCAGCGGUGCCGGACGCAGGGCUGCGACCACUACGCCAACCAAGAGAAACAGGGCUACUGCAAUGAGUGUGACCACUUCAAACAGAUUUACCGCGGCUGACCACAUACGCACCCACGCACGCAACGACGAUGACGAGACAUCGCUAGCACGCUAGAGCCGCUGCCCUGCUGUGGGCGCCCCAUGCCAGUCAAUGCACCUCUGAUACUAACUAACCAACUAACUAACUAGCUAGUGACUAACUAGUAACCUUAUGGCCUAAAAAUCAAACCCCCCACGUAGAAUGUGAAGAGAGAGUGUGUGUAUGUGGGGGUGGUUGUGGGGCGGGUGGUGAGUGUGUGUGUGUGUGUGAGUGUGCGUGUAUGUGUGUGUGCGCGCAUGUGUGUAUGUGUGUGUGUUCGCAGUAGACAUGGCCUCCAGAAUACCUCUUUGUGCAAUUAUUAUCAUCUGAUGUGCCCUGUGCACUUACACGUUGAGAGGUUUGGCUACAUGUCAGAGCAACUGACUUAACUCUUGUGUACAAUAUGUAUUUAGAGGUACGCAGUGAACCGUGCCGGACAAAAUGAUUGUAUGUUGACAUAACAAGAAGCAUCUGACAUUGCUUUCUAGACCACAGCCAAGGAUUUAUACCCCCACCCCCCCAAUCUGUCUGUCUGUCUGUCUGUCUUAACCCAUCUGUGUAUCUGUCUGCCUGUCUGUCUAGCAUUUGCUCUGCAGAGUGAGGGACGCAGUAGUUGGGGAAGCCCAGCAACAAAUCUGUGGAAGUUGUUAGCAGAAGUGAGCCAAACUGGGCCAAAAUAAAUAAAUGCUAUCCACCAUUUUUUAGCUUAGUUCUCCAAAAACACUUGUGUGUCCUCCUAAAAUAGACUUACCAAGAAAGGCUCAUGCAAUCAAUAUUGUAAAAUUAUUAUAAAGAAUUAAUUUCUUUCAUUAGUCAAUCAAUAGCAGUGUUAGUUCAUAUUCUGAGGCAAAUUAAACUUAGCAUUGUUAAUAAUCUGUUAUAUGAAGUUAACGUUAUGAAUUGCUGCAUAUGGAAAGUAAGACCAGACCAUGUGUCUCAACAGUGCAAGACAGACAGGGCAGGCCCCUGCUAGUUUUGGUGCUACAUGUACAGAAAUACAAGCCUCUCCAUUGUAGCCAACAUGCUGGCGGUGUCAGCGGACAGAAGGCAGAGAAGACAGAAGAGACAGGACUCAUUCUCUUUCUACUCCUCCUGUCCUUCCUCUUAUUUCCCCUCUUCUCCUCCAAAAACAGAUCUGUUGCCUUGGACGUUGUUUUCCUGUUUACUGACCACUGAAGCACCUAGAAAUGCAUAACACAGACCUGCACAUCAUGCACACACAAAUGUCGUAGCUCCAGUCCUGUCAGAAGGGGAUUGCCAACUAUAGAGAGAGCUGAGAACAUAAUGACGAGCAAAGUCUGGAUGAUUAUCCGCCUUCCCACCACAUACACACAUAUGCACACACAUGCACAUGCAAACACAGCUCUGUGAGAUUGUAUGCGCCCCACCCCAGCCUGAGGUGAUGUGUAGGUAAACAACCCCGUAGAGAAAUGCAUUCCUCUCUGCUCCACCCCACUGGAUGUGCCAAGGCGACAAUUCAAAACUUCAGAGAGCAAUCCCAUUGCCUGCUUUGGCUAAUCUUGUUUAUCUGAAUGUGUUUUGUGCUGCUGCUACAACAGCACAGUAUUGGGGCUGAUCCUCGAUAAGUUUUGCCUUUAAGUAGUGAUUGAAAUUUUAUGGACCAGAGGGGCCUGAUCAGUGAUCCUGGAUCAGUGCUCCCACCUAUAAAAUGCUUUUGUGAAUAUGGAUCUUGGUCCAUAUUGUAGGACCUUCCAACCCGAUGCCUCAUCUCCAACACACACACACACACACACAGACACACAGACACACACACAAAACGCACACAUGUGUGCGUCUGGAAUACGCAAAACUGACAUUCCUGUUUAUUUUUAUUUUUUUUUGUUUUGGGAUUUUUUAAUGUAUUUUGAUACAUUUGGUUUUGUUUCUGCCAAAAAAAAAAAAAAAAAAAAAAAAAACAUGUGCCAUCAAUCGCCAAACAGUUGUUGUUACCUCCUUAAAAAUGGCCAGCCUGGAUGAUUCUAAGCUAACUAGCCACAGAUAGGCAUCUCAGAUUGUGUGCAACCACAGGCGAGAGCUUAUCAAGCUCUCUCAUGUUGAAAAUCCCCACAUGGCCGCUGUCUUUUUGCAAGUAUCUAUUUUACCCAAAUACAAAGAAAUAUUCGGCUACAGAGAUAAGCUCAAGCAGAAAACAUUUAUCAAAUGAAACAGGAACAGUUUUUCCCCUCCUACUUCUGCUGAAGAACUCCACCGCUGUCGGCAGAUGUCCAUCUGUGGCUCCAGUUAGAACAGCAUAGACAAACAGGCUCUUGGUCUGCCUUUUCAUUCAACUGUAUCUAAAGCUGUCGGGCCAGCCCACGUGUUGACGGCCUGUACGUAGAUCUCUGUGUGCUUUAAUCACCUCUAGACAAACCUUAAUCAAUUAAAGGCCAAUUAGUGGUCAGCUCAUCAGGGCCCCUUAAAACGCUUUCGGGGCAUUGACUGAGUUCGACUGGGAGGAGAUCACAUAAGUUGCACAUGACUUGUCUAAGCUGCUGAGGCAUUUAAGAAUGGUACUCCGACUUGCUUAGGGACAUUCCAACAGUAGGAAGAGCAUCCGCUUAAGAGCAGAAGGUGUAACAAAACAUGCAAACUGUGUGGAAGUUUCUUUGUGUGACCUUUCGACAAUAGGGUAUUGUAUGAAAAAAAGCCUGGUUUUAUUUGUUAAGUAUUUAUUCAUAUCAAGAUAUCUGUAUUGUGUGAUUCAAUAAUUAUUUAUAUGUCGUCCUGAAAUGAAUUAUUUUUAUUAAGAAAUCUGAAAUCUGU